UAUUUAGAAAACAUGAUGAAUUUAAUGGUCUUUAUAGUUGUUUGUUUGAGCCUAACAUAUUGCAAAAUUGAUGCUAGAAGCAAUACUUUAUUAGAAGGGGAAAAUCAUUUCACUCGAUCUAAUAACCUUAGGAAAAUUCAGCAUCAAGUGGACAUGGAUUUUUAUUGUGUUGAUAUCUACGAGCAACCUGCUCUACAACACCCUUUACUAAAAAAUCACAAAAUUCAGCUUUAUCCCACCUUUGCAAAGAACGUCAUACAAAGUAGUCUCUCUAAUAGUAAAAUUAUGGAUGGAAAUGCGGAUAAAUGUUUAGCGGGACAAGUUCCUAUUUACAAAAGGAGAAAAGUUCAUCAAAUUAUUACUAAUUUAUCUUCAAGAUUACAAACGGAUGAUUUUCAGUCGUAUUCAAGAAGUUCUCCUGGCUAUCAUACUGUUACUCUUGGUACAACCCAAAAUAUGAUAUUUCACGGAGCAUCCGUAGAAAUCGGCAUGUACAAUCUAUCACUUCAGGGAGACCAAUACAGUAUGUCUUCAAUGUGGUUAGAAAGAGGAUCCUCAAUGGAACUCAAUAGCAUACAAAUCGGAGUUGGGGUUCAUCCAAGUUUAUACGGAGAUAAUAAACUGCGACUAACUGGUCAUUGGACGGCACAAAAAAAAAUGGGAUGUUACAAUGAUAAUUGUCCGGGAUUUGUGCAAGUCAACCAAGACAAAGAUUAUGCGCUUGGAUCAGUCAUGUACCCUACUAGUUUGAUUGGAUCACAAUCAAAAUGGACUGCUCCAAUCAAAAUCAAACAGGAUCGAACUACAGGUCAUUGGUGGUUAAUUAUGCAAAAGGAACCAAUAUAUGUUGGAUAUUGGCCAAAAGAAUUAUUCUCUCACUUAAGCAGAGGAGCAUCUUUAAUCAGAUUUGGAGGCCAAACAUAUGCUCCACCUAAUAAGGAUAGUCCUCCAAUGGGUAGCGGGAGAUUGCCUAAAGAAAAAUUCAAAAACUCAGGUUUCAUGGGGUUGCUGAAGGUUAUUGAUUCAGAAUAUAAUGAAAAUGACAUAAAUCCCAAAUAUAUGAAGCAGUAUAGUGAUGCUAAGCCAGACUGUUAUGACUUGUGGUAUCAUGGUUAUGAAGGAUCUGAGUAUAAGCAAAGUUUUCUUUAUGGUGGACCAGGUGGUCGAAAUUGUGAUAUAUGAUUGCAUUGUCAACUUUAUUAAUAAAAUUGUAAUUUGUAAUAUGAAUAAAGAUCAAUUUUGUUUUAUAAUAAAUGUUGUUGAACAAUUUCUUUUGUA